AGGCAACCUGCAAAGGGAAAAACACAAGGAGGAGCACUGACAGAGUCACUGAAUGUUGAGUAAAAAGUGAGGUGGCACACUACGCCUCUCUUCAUUGACGUCACAUUCAGCCUGUGUGGUCCUAUACUGAGAUGGAUAUCUUUUAUAUUUGUUCUCAAAAAUUAUUAUAAUGGCUUCUGAUGUGGUUGUACGUCCUAAAAAAACAAACUUUGAUCUUACUCUUUGCGAAUGUUUGCUCCUUGUAAGUGUCAUGAUGAUUUCUGCUCUGGUCAAUUUGUUUGUGGACGAGAAGGCUGAAGAGGAAAGAAGGAAACAAAGGGUGCUCUCCAUGAAACAGGUUCUGGGUGCAGUGGCAGGAAGUUUGGCCAGUGGUCUGAACGUGCUCUUACAGUAUGUCACACACUUCCUGCAGGCUGCUGGAAUCCAAGUUGGCCUUCCCAUCAAUACAGUGACACCAGAAGGGGUCAUCUUUGUUGCCCAGUGGGUUCUUCUGCUUCUCAUUUGCUAUGUGGUGAUUACCCUUGCCUUUCAAUUGGUCACCUUCUUUUUGAGGUGGAUUAGGUGGCUGCUGAAACUGGGAGUGGUUUUGGCCUGUUUUGGACUAAUCCUCAAAGACCACAGUGUCGGCACAGAAACCAUGGCAAUUAGACUGGUGUGCCUAGGGUGCAUCUGCAUCCUAUUAAGCAUCAGGCCGUGGAAGGACCGGACCAUGGCUGCUAGAAUUGUUCAUCUGGAAGAGCAGGUGAAGAUCUUAGAAAAUCGAUUGAGAGAAAUGGAGAGAUGGAGAAGAAGAUGUGUUAUUUUGUCUUGUUGUCUGAUAGGUCUUUUAUGUUUUGUGGUUUUUAUAGUCUUUAUAGUAAUAAUGCUAAUAGUAAUUUCUUCCAGCCAGUAGUGUUGGGCACAAAAGGUAAAGAAACACAAUUUUUUUCAUUUGAAACUACUGCUACUAUUACUUCUGUACUUGCUGGUAAAUCAUAUAAGUCAAUUAAUCAUUUAUGGGGUUUAUAACAUCUAUAGGAAACGUUUGGGUCAAAGACGAAGAAGGAGAGGAGGAAGGUCUGUUCGUAGGCAGAGAGAAAAGAGGAAAGCUAAGAAUGUAGUACUGACAGUAGGGACUUUG